AUGGAGAACGCAGACAAUACGGAGGAGGAGAAGCCGACUGUGAGCAACGAGAGCACAGACAAUGGCACAGAGAUGGCAACGGAAGAACAGCAAAUGGACUUCAGUACAGAAAUUAUGAGUGUAACUGAGAUGGAGCAGUCACCUGACAGUUCCCCUGACUUGAAUGAAGAGAACACGGAGGAGAGUGAAAUUCCAAAUAUUGAAAGUUUACAGACAACAGAUAUUGAUGCUUCCUUCCCUCCAGAUUUUGACAAGUUCUGGAAAGUAGUAGAGGACAAUCCCCAGGAUUUCACAGGAUGGGUAUAUCUCCUACAGUACGUAGAGCAGGAGAACCACAUACCAGCGGCCAGGAAAGCUUUUGACAGGUUUUUCACGCAUUAUCCAUAUUGCUAUGGGUAUUGGAAAAAGUACGCGGACCUCGAAAAGCGGCACGACAACGUUAAGCAGUCUGAUGAGGUCUAUCGCAGAGGGCUCCAGGCGAUUCCUCUUAGUGUUGAUCUUUGGAUACAUUAUAUAAACUUCUUAAAGGACACCCUGGACCCUACCGAUCCCGAAACGAACAGUACUAUUCGAGGAGCCUACGAACACGCAGUCUUAGCUGCUGGGACAGACUUCCGUUCGGACAGGCUGUGGGAGAUGUACAUUAACUGGGAAAAUGACCAGGGAAACCUAAGGGAAGUUACGUCCAUAUAUGACCGCAUCCUUGGAAUUCCGACACAGCUCUACAGCCAUCAUUUCCAGAGGUUUAAAGAACACAUACAGAACAACGUGCCUCGAGACCUGCUGACUACUGAGCAGUUUGUUCAGCUGCGCAGAGAGCUGGCGUCUGUCAACGGCCAUAGCGGGGAGGACGCGCAGCCUAGCGACGACAUGCCCUCUGGCACUGAAGACAUAACCGACCCUGCCAAGCUCAUCACCGAGAUAGAAAACAUGAGGCACAGAAUCAUUGAGACUCAUCAAGAGAUGUUUAACCACAAUGAACACGAAGUCAGUAAGAGGUGGACGUUUGAAGAAGCGAUAAAGAGGCCUUACUUCCACGUCAAACCUCUGGAGAAAAUUCAGCUGAAAAACUGGAAAGAGUACUUAGAGUUUGAGAUAGAAAAUGGCACUCAUGAACGAGUUGUGGUCCUCUUUGAAAGAUGUGUUAUUUCAUGUGCCCUCUAUGAGGACUUCUGGAUCAAGUAUGCCAAAUACAUGGAGAAUCAUAGUAUUGAAGGAGUGAGGCAUGUCUACAGCAGGGCUUGCACAAUACACCUUCCUAAGAAGCCGAUGGUGCACAUGCUGUGGGCUGCCUUUGAGGAGCAGCAGGGCAACAUCGACGAGGCAAGAAGAAUCUUGAAAACGUUUGAAGAGUGUAUUCUAGGGCUAGCGAUGAUUCGCUUGCGAAGAGUAAGCUUAGAACGCAGACACGGGAACAUGGAAGAAGCCGAACACCUGCUUGAAGAUGCUGUUAGGAAUGCCAAAUCCAUUAGCGAAUCGUCGUUUUAUGCCAUCAAAUUAGCUCGACACCUCUUCAAAGUGCAGAAAAAUCUUCCAAAGGCAAGAAAAGUGCUGUCAGAUGCCAUAGAAAUUGACAAAGAAAACACGAAGCUCUAUCUCAACCUGCUGGAAAUGGAGUACAGUGGCGAGCUCAAGCUAAACGAAGAAAACAUCCUGAGCUGUUUUGAUAAAGCCGUCCAUGGCGCGUUGUCCAUUAAAAUGAGGAUUACGUUUUCUCAGCGGAAAGUGGAAUUUCUUGAAGAUUUUGGUUCUGAUGUAAACAAGCUUCUGGAUGCCUAUGAUGAACACCAAGCACUUCUGAAGGAGCAGGAGUCUUUGAAACGGAGAGCAGAGAACGGAUUGGAGGAGCCAGAUGAAAAGAAGAUGCUGACAGAUGACCCGACUCUGGCCUCCGCGCAGAUGAUGGAUGGAGACAUGCAAGUCAAUCAGGCGGCCUAUAACUACAAUGCCUGGUACCAGUACAAUUACCAGAACGCCUGGAACUACGGACAGUAUUACCAUCCAACUUGAUCUGAAGAGUGAGUGAAGUUCGCCGCGCUGCAGUUUCGACAAAGAUGGAAUAAAAAAAAGAUUAUAUUUUUCUAAAUUAGGGCUGUGAAAGAACUGUUGUAAUACCCGCUUUUUGGUCUUCUGCAUGUGAAAUGAGCUGAUGUGCGCAGGGUCUGUGUGACGCCAGGUUGGUGUGCUGGUACCUGAUCCGUGGUCUCU